ACACAACACACAAUUUUGUUAAAUGAUUGCAUAAUAAAAUGUACACUGUCUCGAAGGGCCAGAGCAAAAUAGUCGAGAAGACCAGAAGGGUUGGAAUCGGUCAGAAAAUAGAGCGCCUGGACUCACGGGACCAUUAUCGCCGAACAGCUGAAUGCAAUGGCAAUGGCGAGGAGGGCCACAUUAUGAACCAACCGAAGCCCGUCUUCAACAGCAAUAUUAGCAAAAAAUUUGCAAGCCAAAAAUCUCGCCAAGAGGAAAUCACGCCGCAGCAUAAAGAGAUGAUAAAUUAUGUGCAUGAUUCCUGGAAUUUAGUAUCUGAGGAGAUGGAUGCCCAUGACAAAAAUCAAAACAAAAAUGGCACGGUGGCUUAUUUCGAGUGCAGCGAGGAGUGCAGAGAGCUGCAGGAUUUCAAACCAUUCGACCUGGAGAAUUGGUGGGGCAAGCGAAUAUUCAGCAAAAUCACAGAGUCGCUGUAAACCUCGGCUGAUGCGUCGCGAGUGCAUUGUGACGCAGAGACUCAAGCCGACACAUUACAGAGCUGUGACAAGAUUUACCGAGAGACUCAUUAGACACUGUAAGAUUAAAAAAAGAUGGAAACAACGCCGCCGUUUGUGGAAACCCUCCUGCACAAGAGCGGUUGGCUUCAGGGCCUGCAUAAAGUAAGUAAGAAAGAAAGAAAGCAAUUCUUUCCCCGUCGUUUUCUGGUGUUGAUGGGUAGGGGAAAUAUUUUGGAAACCAAAGACUGUACUGCGAAAUGUGAAGAUAUUAUUUUGUAAAACUGCACACAUGUUCCUACCAGCAAGGUAAAUUGAAUGAUAAAUUUUCACUGAUUCGAUUGUGAAAUUGCCUUUGUGAAAGGAACAAGUUAAAACCAAAUCUUCACCCCUAGUCUGUGGCCCCCAUUCCACUCUUCGGGCGGCAGAGCAGAGCUCUUAACUCCGUGCUGUCAGGCACAACUAGUAAUAGCCGAGCAGACUUGUGAUUUUCCCUUGUAGACUUGAACAAUCAAUCUUGAGGCACAUGUUCUUUUUUGCUUCGGCUGAAUUGUUCUUAUCCGAGCGGAAAAUCUGCUGCUCAGGCAAUCAAAUAACAAAUUGUAGUUCAAAACACAUGUUUGUGCGUAUGCAUGAUGCAGCAGUUGUUAUUAUUUUGGAUGGAUGGGUAUUUUUUAACCUCUCUCUUCUGUAAAAAGACAACAGAAAUUAGUAGCUUACAGAGCAUAUCACAUUUAAUUUUUUUAAAUUCUGUCUUUGUGUCCAUUAUUUGUAUGAUCAAAAUUGAUUUUUAACUAACGUGAUACAUUUAACAAUAAAUUAUAGAGAAUGCUUUUAUUUCUCUUUCAGCUCAAAUUGCUUUCAGCUUCAAGUCAGAGCAGAAUUAUCCCGAUGUUGAUUUUAUACUUAAAAUGUUAUGCUCUCGUAGUCUCUUUACAAAUAUAUGUUCAAAUUAGUCUAGCCCGUGAUUUGAAAAGGGCUGGCCAGCUUCUAAUGGCACUACUGAUGGAUCCACAUCAUUGGACUAAUACUUAAAGGUUCUGGGAGCCACCUUUUUACAAAUGCCUGGCAUUGGAAGCUCCAGGGCAACCCUGAGUUGGCAAGCCCUUUUCUCACUCAUCAACCGAAGCAUCAUAUACAAUUUUAUUUUUGUAUUUGAUUUGGUUAUAGUUGUCUAUUUUCGUAAAUUUGCUCCGGUUGACGGGUUUCUUGGACCCUUGGCCAGGUGCUACCCUUUCAGGGUAGCGUAGGCUAUGUCCCUGAGCGAGGACAGUAUCAAUCAAGAGUGACUAGUUGCAUUUCUCGUCAAGAGUAGUAAAUUGUUAGGUAGGUACACAUAUUAUACAAGCCAGCAAUUAUAUUCGGCGGCCGCUGAUCGUCCAAAAGGCCUCUUUUGACGGCCUUGCGCGGGCAAGUCGUGGCCGCCGGCCGCCAGCCGGGCUGUCUGUUGUUAUUGUAGACUGGCCUGUGGCCGGCGGUGCAUUGUUAUUUUUUUGUGAGUUUCUAAUAAACGUCGGGCCUUAUAAGCUUGAAA